AUGAAGUUAGCUGCAUCUGAAGCAUUCAAGAAACUAAAAUUGAAACAUUAUUAAUAGGCUAAAGUUACUACAACCAAGUUUUAUCAAACAAAACCUUAUUUUUCAAUGCCAGAAUAAGUUGAAAAAGAAUCUGGAGUUUUAGCACCAAAAAGAGUGAAUCAAGUUGAUCUAUUCAAAAGAUAUACUUAUGAAGUAUUGCCUGCUCUUGAAUAAUCAGUCGAAUUGGAUUUGCUUGAUAAAGUAUUUCAAAAGGUAGAUCCUGUAGUAAGAGAGUCAAUUACACAAGCUUACAUCAGAAAACAAGUUGAAUAAUUAGCUUAACAACCAGAUCCUCUUUCUAUCAAAGAUCUUGAUGAUAACACUAAGAGCAAUAUGCCAAGAGAAAAGGCAAAAUUGUUUUUAAAAGAUUGGUUGGAUUUGAAUCCAAUAUAAAUCGGAAAAUGGAUCCCUUUGAAUUAUGAGUUAUUUAAGAAGACUUUUAAAUUCCUAUCACCAGGGGAUUUCCAAAAAAACCUCAUUGAAUUGUCCAAAAAUUUCUCUCUUAUGAUGACUGAUGUGGGUUUCAAAACAAUGGAUUAUGUGGAUUCAAGCAUAAGAAUACCACAAAUAUUCUAAUAUAAAAAGUUAUCCAAAGAUAAUUUCCACAAAGAAGGAUAUUUCAUAAUAAUGUUCAAUGUCUUGAAAGGAGACUUUAAUGAUGAACUUAAAAAACAUAGAAACAAUGAAAUAUUCCAAAGAAUCUUUGCAACCAGUGUCAAUUUUGAUGCUCUCUUGACUGUCAUAUUGAAUCAUUGGGAAUUAAUUUAAUAAUUAAGAACUCCAGAGUAAAGAAAGGAAUUCUUUAAGUCUCUUGUUGAUUAAUUAUUGGAAAAGAUAGAUCAACAAUAAGCCAAUGCUUCUAUGCCUGAACUAUUAUUUUCAACAGUGAAAACAUUGUAGUUUUAAGAUUUCACUUUGGAUCUCACAAAAUAUGUAAAUAAUCCAUUCCCAGUUCCAAAAUCAUUGAUUGAAAAUAGAUUUGGGGAAUAAUACUAUGGAUAUUCAAGUAAUUUGCUUUUCCAUGGAGAUCAUGGAGCUGGUAAAUCAGGUGUGUUAAUGUAAGCAAUUAUGUUUGCCUAAUAAACUGGAUGGAUAGUAGCAGUAGUUCCAUCUGGAUAUAAUUGGACUUCAUUGAAAUAUGAGACCAAGAGACAUUUUAAAACUGGAUUGUAUAUGCAACCAAAGGCAGCAUAGGAAUGGUUAGAACAAUUCAAAGAAGCUAAUCAAGUGCAUUUGGAGACCUUUUAAGUUGAUUUGAGUCUUUAUGGCAAAUUCAAUUUGAGUGGUGUUCAUGAUGAUGAUCCUGAUCCUUGUCCCAAUUUGUAUGAUGAAAGAAGAGGGUAUCACUUCAAGGACUUUGAGAAAUUCACAACACAAGAAGAAAGAGAUUUCGAAGAAGCACAAGAUUAAAUCAUGUCUGCAAGAAUUACAUUGAAAAUUCCUAAACCACAAUAUUUACAUGAAAUCAUUGAUUAUGGCAUCUCAAAUGCUCAUUAUGCAACCAAUGCUGUCUAUGAAGUGAUGGAACAAUUGUACAAUACUGACAAGUACAAAGUAUUAGUAGCUGUUGAUGGUAUUAACUGGUUCUAUAGACCAUCACAAAUACCAUCUUUUCGUUAUGAAUCUGAUAAAGAUCUAAGGGGACAUGUACCACCAUAUCAUAUGUCAUUACCUCGAUUGUUUAUGCACUUUGAUGGACACAAAAUUAAAAAUGGUACUAAAAUUACUGCUUCCUCUAUUUUCAAAUUAUUUUAACACGAUUUCCAACCCAAACAUGUACUCUUACCUUAGAAAUAUGGUAUUAAAUUGAAUGGAGCACCUUUGGACAUGUUUAGAUCAUUCUGUGAGUAUGGAAUUCAAACAGGAAUGUGGAAAUGUGAUGAGUUUUCUUAGAACACUCUUGAACAAUUUUGGAUGGAAACUCAAGGAAAUUAUUUUGAAACAAUCAAAUGCAUGAAGGUUCACUGGAGAGAUAUAUGAAAUGUAGAAUAUUUUAAUCAUUUAAGAAUAACAACAGAAGUUUAUA